CUGAGUUUCACUUUCCAUUUCUACAGCUGAUGCGCCGUUAAAUCAGUUAAAUUUUCUCUUUAACCCAUCAUCUUCAUAAUUACCCAUCUGAUAUGCAAAUUUGAAUCUAAAAUGCAUACAAUUAUCUGAAUUAAUUAAUCCAACUUUCUCAUUUAUUAAAUUUUUUGGCCCCUCCCCACUCUCCACUCUCCACUCUCAUCAAAUUCGCCAUUGUUCACAGUAAAAAGGUCCCAAAAAACCCACUUUAGGGUUCUUCAGAAACAGCAUUUUUAUAUAUUUUUGGGUAUUUUUGUUUGUGUCGGAUUUGAUGGUAAUAUUGUGAUAUUAGUACAUACUAUGAGAAAGGAGGGAGCAGAAUGGCGGUGGCUAAGAAGGCAGGGAGGUAUUGUGAGGGACUGCAGUUGAGUAGUCUGGCUUCUUCAAUUCUGUGUUGGAAAUGGCAGCGGAGGCCGGCGGUGGUGGUGCCGUGGACAGCGAUUUGUGGACUGAUGCUGUUCGCCGUGGGACUAAUUUCUCUGUUCACGGGGCACGUGGCAUCUGAUCUCGAGUGGUACUCUCAGCGCCUUGUCAAGCGCACUUGGUACUAUAAACUAGAUAAGGGUAAUCAUGCUCCAGUUGAUAUAUGGAGAUCGAAGUUUUCGAACUUCUAUUUUGCAUGCAGCGAAAGAGGCCCUCAUUUUGCUCCUGCUGUAAGGGAGCGCUUGUCAAAUGGGUACUUACUUAUUGCAACUAGUGGGGGGCUCAACCAACAAAGAACAGGGAUAACUGAUGCUGUAGUUGUUGCAAGGAUAUUGAAUGCUACUUUGGUUGUACCAGAACUGGAUCACCAUUCUUACUGGAAGGAUGAAAGUGACUUCUCUGACAUUUUUGAUGUUGAUUGGUUCAUCUCUUACAUUGCAAAGGAUGUCCCCAUUGUUAAAAGGGUCCCAGAAAAUUUCAUGAGGUCAAUGGAAAAACCACCAUAUACCAUGCGGGUUCCACGAAAAUCAGAACCUGAAUAUUAUCUGGAGCAAGUGUUGCCCAUUCUUUUGAGGAGACGCGUCGUUCAAUUAACAAAGUUCGAUUACAGACUUUCCAGUGACCUUGACGAAGACCUCCAAAAGUUGCGUUGCCGGGUAAAUUAUCACGCUUUAAGAUUUACUAAAACUUUAAGGAGUCUGGGUCAGAGGCUUGUGAUGCGAAUGCGGAAGAUGGCAAAACGUUUCAUUGCAAUUCACUUGAGGUUUGAACCUGACAUGCUUGCAUUUUCUGGCUGUUACUAUGGUGGUGGAGAUAAAGAAAGAUAUGAGUUGGGUGAGAUGAGGAAGCGAUGGGAAACAUUACCGGAGUUAAGCGCUGAUGAAGAGCGAUCACGAGGGAAGUGCCCGCUGACCCCACAUGAGGUGGGUUUGUUGCUUCGGGCACUUGGUUUUGAAAAUAACACACAUAUAUAUGUUGCAUCUGGAGAAAUAUAUGGUGGGGAAGAAACUCUGGCACCUCUCAGAGAACUCUUUCCAAACUUCUACACAAAGGAGAUGCUUGCUGGUGAAGAGUUAAAACCUUUUAUGCCAUUUUCUUCUAGAAUGGCUGCCAUUGAUUACAUUGUCUGUGAUGAAAGCGACGUCUUUGUCACUAAUAAUAAUGGGAACAUGGCCAAAAUCUUAGCUGGUCGAAGGUAUGCUGGUCACAAGAGAACCAUCAGACCAAAUGCCAAAAGGCUUAGUGCUUUGUUCACAGCACGAGAUAAGAUGGAUUGGAGCACCUUUGCUAGAAAGGUGAAAUCAUGCCAAAGAGGAUUCAUGGGAGAACCUGAAGAGAUGAGACCAGGAAGGGGAGAGUUUCAUGAAUAUCCAUCUGCCUGCAUCUGCCAGAAACGAUCCAAAUAUUCUGUUGUAAACAAAGAUAAAGGAUAUAGGAACUUGGAUAGAUUCCUGAAUGUUUCUGAGCCAGAAUACGAGAGUGAUGAAGAUCAAAGUGAAAACAGACUUCCAAAACAUAAAAAUGGAAGCACUGGGAAUAGAACAGUUUCCAUUACAAUGGCAGAAACUGACCACGAUGAUUUUUUGGCUGACUAAAUGGUCACUACCCGGAACUUGUUGCCACGAUCAUGUUAUUUUGCUACUGCUAGUUUCACUGGUGCAGAAUAUGGACUGUUAAAGCAAGAGCAAUAUGAGUUGUGCUGAUAUCUUUGUUUGAAACACUGUAGUGAUCCAUGUACAUCAACAAAUUUGUAACUUUUUUAUAACCUGCAAUUGUUCAUAUUCAUAUUUUGAAAUCUGUUAAGGUUAGAUAUGAACCCAUAGGGCUGUGCGGAAUGUUUCUGGCGACCCACACAAGGCAUAACGAUCUGGGUAUUGUCUCGGAGAGAGGCUCGGUGAAAUGGACAUGUUUGUGGAGACUUGGAUUACCUGCACCUGGACAAUUUGCACUCAUUGGUGGUUCAUGCUUAGGUUUUAGUAUUGCUUGAAGGUGUAAUUGGGAUAUUGGAUUUCUCCAUGGCAUUUUACAUUUCUAUCCAACAUGUUAAUUGCAUA